AUGGAUUACAGCUCCCUCAGCGGAGUCCCCCGGUUCCUGACCCGGCCCAAGGCGUUCAUGGUGUCCGUGGGGAAGGAUGCCACCCUGAGCUGCCAGAUCAUCGGAAACCCCAUCCCGGUUGUGAGCUGGGAGAAGGACAAACUGCCAGUCCAGUCUGGGGGGAGGUUUAAAACCACGGAGGACGGGGAUCUCUAUCGGCUCACGAUCUACGACCUGAGCCUGGAGGACAGUGGCCAGUACAUCUGCCGGGCUAAGAACACCAUCGGGGAGGCCUUUGCCGCCGUCAGCAUCAAGGUGGGGGAGGAGACCACGGUGACAGAGCAGGCCCCUUACUUCAUCCAGAGACCCUCCAACAUCAAGGUAACCCUGGGAGAAGAUGCCAUGUUCAAGUGCAAGGUCCAGGGCAGCCCUCCCCUCUCGGUGAACUGGGAGAAGGACGGGAGGCACCUGCGGAACCAGGCGGACGCCGGGCGCUUCCAGAUCGAGUCCGCCGGGGAGUCCAACGCUCUGACCAUCCAGUGUGCCCGGCUGGGGGACAGUGGCACCUACACCUGCCGGGCAGAGAACCUCAUCGGCUCCGCCAGCGCCUCGGCCGCGCUGGUGGUGGAGACCCACGGCUCCUCCAACCCGGGCAGCAGCGCCAACUUCGACUCCAGCUGCGGGAAGACGGUGUCCUUGCUGUCCCACUUGCAGAAGAGGCGGGAGGAGAUCAGGAAGAUGGACGUCUCCCACGGGAUUCUGGACUCGACCUCUGCCCAGUCUUACUCCGAAGGGUUGUCCGGCAUCGCCUACGGGCUCUCCCGGGAUUACGAGCGGGCGGCGGGGCUCUCCAAGGGGGCUCGGAACGCCACCUGCGGGGCGCUGACGCGCACGUGCAGCGUCACGGAGGGCAAACACGCCAAGCUGAGCUGCUACGUGACGGGGGAGCCCAAGCCGGUGAUCGUGUGGAAGAAGGACAACGAGGUCAUUUCGGAGGGGCGGCGGCACGUCAUCUACGAGGACGACCAGGAGAACUUCGUGCUGAAGAUCCUCUUCUGCAAGCAGGUGGACAACGGGCUGUACACCUGCACGGCCUCCAACCUGGCGGGCCAGACCUACAGCUCCGUGCUCGUCACCGUCAAAGAACCCGCCAUACCCUUCAAGGAAAAACUGAAGGACCUCGAGGUGAGGGAGAAGGAAUCUGCCACCUUCCAGUGCGAGGUGCCCGUUCCCGGGACAGAGACCUCCUGGUUCAAGGAGGAGACCAAGCUGAGGCAGAGCAAGAAGUACAACAUCGAGGAGGAGGGCACGUACCGCCGGCUCACCGUGCAGAACGUCACCGCCGACGAUGACGCCGUUUACAUCUGUGAGAUGAAAGAAGGGAGCAGGACCAUUGCAGAGCUGUCUGUCCAAGGGAACAUAAUUAAAAAGCUUCCACGGAAGACUGCAGUGUUCAUCCACGACACAGCCACCUUCUGCGUGGAGCUGGACAACGACUGCCAGAACGUCCGGUGGCUCAAGAACAAGGAAGAGGUGAAGCCCAGCGACCGCAUCUCCAUCACACGCUCUGGCAAGCAGCACACCAUGACCAUCCGAGAGUGCAAGGUGGAAGACGCUGGGGAGAUUGCCUUCCUGGCUGAUGAAAGCAGGACUUCCACCCAGUUCACUGUGACCAUGCCCAAAAAACCUCCCACCCAACCCCCAGCCGACCCUGUGGUGAAAAAUAAAACAGAAACCUCAGUGACCCUGGCAUGGUCCCCUCCCAAGAUGGACCGUCCCAUUCCAGUCGACGGAUACAUCGUGGAACGCAAGAAACUCACUGGCUUCACCUGGGUGAGGUGCCACGAGUCCCACGUCCCUGUCCCAGAGCUCACCGUGAGCAACUUGGCAGAAGAGGCUGAUUAUCAGUUCAGAGUGUCUGCAGUCAACACCUAUGGACAGAGCCCCUACCUGGAAUUCCCCGGGAGCAUCCACCUUGAACCAGUGCUGGCUGUGAAAAGCCCCCUGACAACAGCUGAGGCUGUACCUGGAGGGGAUGCCCUGUUUACUGUCGACCUCACCAAGACGUGUUCCGGCACCUGGUACCUCAACGGUAAAGUCUUACAGGAAAGUGAGACCUGCAUCAUCAAGAGAACCCAAACCACUCACACCCUCACCAUAAAGAACGUCACCAAGAAGGAUGAUGGAGCAGAAGUGAAAUUUGUUGCCAGUGAUGUUGAGACCAGCACCAAGAUGAGAGUGAAAGGUGCCGCAGUGAGAUUUACCAACAAGAGCAAAGAGGUAGAAAAGGUCUCUGCUCGGCUGAGGGAGGAAGCCAAACUGCAGGCUGAGCUUUCAGACGCAGAGGCCACAGUGAAGUGGUUGAAAGAUGGGAAGGAGCUCAAGGCCAGUGAAAAAUAUGAGCUUCAGACUGUGGGGAAGAGGCACAUCCUGAAAAUCCGCAGCACUUGUGAAGAGGAUGCCGGAGUUUAUGAGUGCACCUGUGAAGGGGAUAAAAUGCUCUUUCAGCUUUCAGUGAAAGCACUUGCAAACUUCAUAAACAAAGAGAAAAGUGGAGGACUUGUCAAGGCCAUCACUGGAAAACAGGCUGAAUUUGUUUCUGAGACCUCCGAGGCCAAUGUCAUGGUGAAGUGGUACAAAGAUGGGAAAGAAAUCACAGCCAGCAAGAAAUUCACCCUGGAGGACAAAGGAAAGCUGCACAAGCUCGUGGCUUCGGCUGUGACAAAGGAAGAUGAAGGAACUUACACGUGCAAAAUUGGAGAUGACAGCCUUGUUUUUGAUUUAAAAGUCUCAGAUGAAGCUGUUACUUUUGUCAACAAGCCCAAGACGACUCCAGAAGUAUCAGUCAGUCCUUCUGAAACCCUGGAGCUGGUGUGUGAGGUGUCAGCUGCCAGCGGAGCUGUGGUGUGGAAGAGGGAUCACACCGAGGUGAAGCAGGACCAGAGGACAACAGUGGUGUCCCAGGGGACACAACGAAAGCUCAUCGUCAAGAAGGUGACGCAGCAAGACCAAGGGAGCUACACCUGCGAGGUGAAGGAUGACAGAAUAACAUUCCAAGUCAAAGUCAGAGAGCCAGAAGUUGUGUUUACAAACAAGGACAAAGUGAAGAAGGAGGUGAAAGCUGCACUCUCAGAAGAUGCCACGCUGAGCUGUGAGGUGGCCCAGGACAAGACUGAGGUGAAGUGGUACAAGGAUGGGAAGCUGAUCACCUCCAGCAAGAAGUUCAAGGUGGAGUCCGAGGGCAAAUCUCGCUGUCUGGUGGUGGGUCAGGUGGAGCAGAAGGAUGCUGGGGAGUACAGCUGCGAGGCUGCUGGCCAGAAACUCACCUUCAGGAUCGAUGUCACAGAGGCAGAAGAUGCCUUUGUCCACAAGGAGAAGGUGCAGAAAGAGGUGAAAGCUGUGCUAUCAGAAGAUGCCACGCUGAGCUGCGAGGUGGCCCAGGACAAGACUGAGGUGAAGUGGUACAAGGAUGGGAAGCUGAUCACCUCCAGCAAGAAGUUCAAGGUGGAGUCGGAGGGCAAAUCUCGCCGUCUGGUGGUGGGUCAGGUGGAGCAGAAGGAUGCUGGGGAGUACAGCUGCGAGGCUGCUGGCCAGAAACUCACCUUCAGGAUCCAUGUUGCAGAUGACGUGUUUGAACACAGAGACAAAGUGCAAAGGGAGGUGAAGGCAGUGCUGAAGGAGGACACCACUCUGAGCUGUGAGGUGGCCCAGGACAAGACUGAGGUGAAGUGGUACAAGGAUGGGAAGCUGAUCACCUCCAGCAAGAAGUUCAAGGUGGAGUCCGAGGGCAAAUCUCGUCGUCUGGUGGUGGGUCAGGUGGAGCAGAAGGAUGCUGGGGAGUACAGCUGCGAGGCUGCUGGCCAGAAACUCACCUUCAGGAUCGAUGUCACAGAGCCCAAACCUGCAUUUAUAAACGAGGAAAAGGUCCAGAAGGAGGUGAAGGCUGUGCUGACAGAAAGUGCCUCCCUCGUGUGCGAGGUAGCACAGGAUGCAACCGAAGUGAAAUGGUUCAAGGACGGAAAACUUCUGGUUUCCUCCAGAAAAUUCAAAAUAGAGACCGUGGGCAAAACCCGGCGCCUGGUUAUAGAGCAGCUGGAGAAGAAGGAUGCUGGGGAAUACAUCUGUGAGGCUGCGGGCCAGAAGAUGACAUUCAAACUGGAACCAACUGAACCAGAGGCUAAAUUUGAAAAGAAAGUUGUCCAGAAAGAGCCCCUCAUUGUUCAAGAACAUGAGAGUAUCACACUGACAACCUCAGUGACGCCUGAAACUGCUGCAGUGAAGUGGCUCAAGGACGGGACAGAAAUCAAGGCGAGCAAGAAAUGUGUGAUCAAGAGUGAGGGGGCGUCCAGGACCCUGGUGGUGAACCUGGCUGAGAGCACAGACACUGCUGUCUACACCUGCCAGACCAGGAAUGACAAGCAGGAGUUCAAAGUGCAGGUGAAAGAAAUCCCGGUGAAGUUCGCCAAGAAGCUGGAAGCUGUCAAGGCUGAGAUUGGGGGCAGUGUCUCCCUGAGCUGUGAGCUGAGCCACCCCCGGGGGAAGGUGACCUGGCGCAGGAACGGAGUCGAGAUCCAGCCCAGCAAACGUUUCCAGGUUCACGAGGAGGGGGUCAAACGGACCCUGACAAUAACAGGGAUCCGGGCCGAGGAUGAGGGGGAGUAUUCCUGUGAAUCCAGAGACGACAAGAGCAGCAUUGCCAUCACCCCCAAAGCUCCCAGAGUGGUGAAAUUCGUCACCAGCCUCAACAGCGUGGUGUCUGAGGAAGGAAAGGAGGCCGUGUUCAAGUGCACCGUCUCUCCCAGCGACGCCGUGGUCACUUGGCUCAGGAACGGCGUCAAGAUUGAAGCCAGCAAGAAGUAUGUGAUCUCCCAGAAGGACACCAACCACAGCCUCACCAUCACUGACCUGACACUGGAAGAUGCAGCUGAAAUCUGCGCCAGUGCUGAGGGUGUGGAGAGCACAGCCAACCUCAGAGUCCGAGAGGCCUCAAUCUCGUUCAAGAAGAAACUGGAGCCCAAAACAGUUGAAGAGAGGGAGACAGUGACCUUGGAGGUGGAGCUGACCAAGCCUGCAGAGGUGAAGUGGAUGAGGAACAGCAUCGUGCUGAAGCCCAGUGACAAGAUAGAGAUCAAAGCUGAGGGAACAAAGCACACCUUGGUGGUGAAGGACAUCUCCUUUGCAGACAGGGGCUUCUACUGCUGUGAGAGCCCUGAUGACAAGACCCAAGCCAAGAUCAACGUGGAAAUGAGGCAGAUCAAGCUGGUGAAAGGCCUUCAGCCCCUGGAAGUUGCUGAGAAAGGCACUGUCACCUUCGAGGUGGAGGUGUCACACGAGGACGUGGAAGGGACCUGGCAGAGGGACGGAGUUCGGCUCAAACCCGCACCCAACGUCAGCUUUGGCGUCCUGGGCAAGAAACACUCACUGACUCUUUCCUCGGUGGCCCUUGAGGAUGCAGGGGUCAUCUCCUUCAAGGCAGAAGGCAUCAAUUCAUCAGGGAGACUCACUGUGACAGAAUUGCCUGUGAGAAUCAGCAAACCUCUGGUGGAUGUCAGUGUGACUCAGAAACUCAAGGCCACAUUUGAGUGUGAGCUGUCCAGGCCCAACGUGAAUGUGAAGUGGUUCAAGGAUGGGAAGGAGAUCCGUCAAAGUCAAAACGUGGGGUUUGUUUCCCAGGGAAAUAAGAGAAGCCUCAUUAUUCACAAGUGUGAAUAUGAAGACCAGGGAACCUACAGCUGUCAAGCAGCUGAAGACAAGACAUCAGCUACUCUAAAGGUUCAUGCCCGAGAUAUCAAGAUUGUAAAGCCACUGGAAGAUGUGGAAGUGAAUGAAUACGAGAGUGCAUCCUUUGUCUGUGAGAUUUCACAUGAUGAGGUCGAAACCCAGUGGUACAAAAAUGACAACAAGCUGAAGACUUCAGACAAUAUCAAAAUGCGACAGGAUGGGAAGACCUACUCGCUGACCUACGCCCGUGUCCACAUGGAGGAUGCGGCAGAGAUCAAAUUUGUGGCAGAAAAGGCAGAAUCUCGCGCUCAGCUGACCGUGAAAGAGCUGCCUGUAAAAAUAGUGAAGCCUCUGAGAGACAAGAUCGCCCUCGAGAAGCACCGGGGGUUCCUGGAGUGCCAAGUGUCUCGUGCCAACGCCAAGGUCCGGUGGUUCAAACGGGACGUGGAAAUUCGCCCCAGCGACAAAUACGAGAUCGUGAGCGAAGGCGUCUACAGGAAACUCAUCAUCAACGACGCCGACUACGAGGAUGAGGACACCUACACCUGUGAUGCCUUUGAUGACAAAAGCAGUGCUAACUUCUUUGUUGAAGAGCAAGCCAUUAAUAUCGUGAAGGAGUUGUGUGAUGAGGAUGUGACUGAGCCUGAAGAAGCCAAUUUUGAAUGUGAGACAUCCAUUCCAUCCGUGAAACCCGCCAAGUGGUUUCUACGUGGAGAAGCUUUACAGCCUGGCAGAAACUUCAUCAUGCAGCAGGAAGGCACCAUCCACAGGCUGACAAUAGUGAAAACAAGUGCUGAUAUGACAGGAACCAUCCAGUUCUCCAUUGGCAAAUCAAAAUCUACAGCAAACCUGCUUGUCAGAGAUUACCACAUACAGAUUACCAGGAAGCUGGAGGACAAGACAGUCCUGGAGAAACACUCGGCCGUCCUGUCCUGUGACUUCAGGCCCUCUCCAAAGAUUGUGAAGUGGUUCAAGGACCACGUGCUCAUCGAGCCCUCUGAGAAGUACAAGAUCAAGCGGGAGCAAUACUCAGCAGAGCUCAAGAUCUUGAAGGUGAAGCCUGAAGAUGCCGGAACGUACAAGUGCCGGGCUGGGAACGCAGAGACCAGAGCCACGCUCACCGUCAAAGCCCGGAACGUGGAAGUCCUCAAACACCUGCAGGACGUGGAAAUUGAGGAAGACAGCUCUGCCGUGUUCUCCUGCGAGCUGUCCCACGACGACGAGGACGUGGAGUGGUUCCUCAACGGCACCCUCCUCUACACCAACAACUUCAACGACAUCAAGAACGUCGGCAAGGUCUACACGCUGACCAUGAAGCAGGUGAAGCCUGAGGACGCUGGCACGGUGACAAUGAAGUCAGACAAGGUGUCAGAGAGCGUGAGGCUGAAGGUCAUAGAGAAACCUGCUGUCUUCAUGAAAGCCUUGGAUGACGUUUUUGGUGAGGAGCGAGGUGUGAUUAAACUGGAAUGCGAAGUCUCCAAAGAGAAGGUCAAACCUGUUUGGAAAAAGGAUGGUGUGAAGAUCCCUUCUAGUAACAAGUACGAGGAGAUACAGUCUGGGAAGACCCUGUGCCUCCUUAUCCAUGACCUUGAAAAGACAGAUGCAGGUUUAUACACCUGUGACAUUGGCACUGAUGUUGCCAAGUCAAAGGUCAGCGUUCAGGAACUGAACAUCGGCAUCACCAAACGGCUGAAGAACACCGAAAUCCAGCUGGGAGAGGACUGCACCUUUGAGUGCAUUUUGUCCCACGAGAGCAUCGAUGACUUCAGCUGGACGCUGAACGGGAGAAAAGUGGAGAGUGGGGGGAGGUUUAAAGCCUCCAACGCGGGUCGGAAAUACACCCUCAGCAUCCAGAGGGUGACUCCCGACGAUGCGGGGGAGGUCGUGUUCACUGCCCGAGGUCUGACCUCCAAGGCUUCUCUGGCUGUGAAAGAGAAACCAACUGAGGUUACAAAACAGCUGGAAGAUAAAACAUCACAAGCAGGGCAGGACAUCAACCUGAGCUGUGAACUGUCCAAACCUGAUGUGAACAUCAGGUGGUACAAGGAUGGCAAAGCAAUCCGAAAAAGCCAGAAAUAUGACUUGCAGCAAGAGGGAACACGGGCCACCCUGAUCAUCCAUGACUCCACGGUCAAGGACAGUGGGGAAUACACCUGUGAGACAGAGAGCUCCAAAACAACAGCCAGGAUCACAGUGCAAGAAAAACCUAAUUAUUUUGUCAAGGAGCUUUCGGACCUGAAAGUCGAUGAGAGUGGAACCGCGGUUUUCACGUGCCAGAGCGAGAGAGCUGCACCCUCUGUGGUCUGGAGGAAAGGCAUCGCUGAGCUCAGGGCCGGCAGGAAAUACGAGAUCACACAGAAAGGACAAGACCUCCAGCUGACCAUAAAGAACCUGGAGAAAAGCGACAGUGACACUUACAGCUGUGACAUUGGGGAUGCCCAGUCCAGAGCCAAGCUGGUCGUGCAAGGCCAGAAAGUGCUAAUAACAGAAGACCUGGAAGAUGUCACUGUGUUAGAAGGAGAAUCUGCCACGUUCAAGUGCAGAAUCUCUCCCGUAGACUGUAGCAAAGUGCAGUGGUUUUUGGAUAAGACCCCACUCCAUACCAAUGAACUUAAUGAGAUCCAGUCCCAGCCUGGGGGAUAUCACCUGCUAACGCUGAGAAAGCUCUCACUGAAGGACUCGGGGGUCAUUACAUUUGAAGCUGGUGAUAAGAAAACAUCUGCCAGUUUGGUUGUGAAAGAGAAGCCCUGAGCGUUCACAAAGGAGCUGAUUGAUACUGGAGAGUGUGAGGGAGAGGAUGUGAUCCUUCACUGUGAAACCUCCAAAUCAGACAGGCCUGUAAAGUGGUGCAAAGGUGGGAAGAGCCUCAGGAAUUCUUCCAAGUGCAACAUCAUCUGGUUGGGAUUUGAAGCCAAGCUUGUUGUUCACAGGGGAAGAGACAGUGGCAGAUAUGAGUGUGAGGCUGGAGCAGCUAAAAGCAGUGCAGUUAUUCCUGUCAGGGAAAAGCCACUCCUUUUCAAGCAAGAGCUCCAAAACGAAGAUGCUAGAGAAGGAAAACAGGUCAAGCUGACCUGUGAGCUCAGCAAGCCUGGUGCCCCAGUGAAAUGGAUGAAGGGAGACACUGUCCUCCAUGCCAGUGAGAAGUAUGAAUUUAAGCAGCAUGGAACUGUGGCAGAGCUCAUUAUCCGAGACCUCAAAUCCACGGAUGCUGGGGAAUACACCUGCAGCUCUGGGGAGCUCAAAACCACUGCCCGGGUGAAAGUGAACGCUGUGCCUGUCCUUUUUAAACAAGCCCUGGAGAACACGGAUAUGGAAGAAGGGAAAUCCGUCUCCUUGCGCUGCGAACUCACAAAAGCCGAUGCCACCGUGGUGUGGAAGAAGGGAGGAGCCACGCUCCAGGCAAGUGCCAAAUAUGAAAUGAAGCAGAAGGGGACAGUGGCAGAGCUGGUGAUUCAUAAUGCAGAGCCAGAAGAUGCGGGAAGAUACACCUGUGACACUGGAGACCAGCAGAGCACAGCCCAAGUCAAAAUCCAUGCUGCCUCUGUGCUCUUCAAGGAAGAGCUGAAGCCCGUGGAAGCUGUGGAAGGUGGGACAGCCACCCUGCAGUGCCAGCUGAGCAGAGAGGCCCCCGUGGAGUGGAGGAAGGGGCAAACUCUUCUCCGGCCAAGUAACAAGUACAAGAUGAGGCAGGAGGGCACAGUGGCUGAGCUGCUGAUCCAUGAUCUGGACCCAAAGGAUGCUGGAGACUAUUCUUGUCUAGUGGGGAACCAAAAAACCACGGCAGCCUUGUCAGUGAAUGCCCUGCCAGUGCGUUUCAAAAAGGAGCUGAGGAACGAGGAGGCCACGGAGAGCGGGACGGCGACGCUGCAGUGCGAGCUGAGCCGGCCCGGGGGCUCGGUCCAGUGGAGCAGGGAUGGGAAGGUGCUGGAGCCAAAUGGAAAGUACAAAAUGAGAUGGGAAGGGCGCUUUGUUGAGCUGGUUAUCCAAGACCUGGACUUGGCGGAUGCUGGGAGCUACACCUGCACGUGUGGAGACCAGAAGACAACGGCUGCUCUGAGAGUGAAUGCCUUGCCUGUCCUCUUCCAAGAAGAACUGACGAACAAGGAAGCUACAGAGGGGGAGGCAGUGACUUUGCACUGUAAACUGAGCAAAUCGGCCCCAGUUGAGUGGAAAAGGGGGAAUGUGGUCCUCAAGCCAAGUGAAAAAUACAAAAUAGAGCAGGAAGGUCCCUUUGCAGAGCUGAGGAUCCAGGAUUUGGGAUUGGCAGAUGCUGGUGAUUACCACUGUGUGUGUGGAGACCAACAGACCACGGCUGCUUUGACAGUAAAUGUCCUGCCUGCUCUUUUCACCAAAGAACUGACAGACCAAGAAGCCACUGAAGGUAAAAGUGUCUCCCUGCACUGUGAGCUGAACAAGGCAGCUGCCAAGGUGGAGUGGAAGAAGGGAUUCAAGACCCUCAAGCCAAGUGACAAAUACAAAAUGAAACAGGAAGGUGUCGCUGCUGAGCUCACAAUCCAGAACCUGGACACGGCGGACGCUGGGAAUUACUCCUGCGUGUGUGGGGACCAGCAGACCAUGGCAGUUUUGACAGUUCAUGCUCUGCCUGCAUAUUUCAAAGAAGGGUUGAAGAACAGGGAGGCCACAGACGGUGGAACAGCCACCCUGCACUGCGAGCUCAGCAAGGUCGGGGUCCCCGUGGAGUGGAAAAAGGGGGACAAGACACUCAAACCCAGUGAAAAGUUCAGGAUGAGACAAGAAGAUACAUCUGCAGAGCUGCUGAUCCGAGAUCUGGAGGUGGAAGACACAGGAGAAUAUACCUGUGUGUGUGGAGAGCAGAAGACCUCGGCUGUCUUGACAGUCCACGCUUUGCCUGCACUGUUCAAAAAGGAUCUUGUCCCUGUGGAAGCCACGGAAAGCAGGGCGGCUGUUCUGCAGUGUGAGCUGACCAAACCCGCCCCAGUGGAGUGGAGGAAAGGGCAGGAGGUGCUCCAGCCUAGUGAGAAGUACAAAAUGAGGCUGAAGGACACCGUUGCUGAGCUGACAAUCCAUGGCCUGGAGGAACAGGAUGCAGGAGAUUAUACGUGUGUGUGUGGAGACAAGGCAACCACAGCUUCCCUGACAGUGCAUGCCCUCCCUCCACGUUUCAAAGAGGAGCUGAGGAACGUGGAAGGCACGGAAAAAGGCACGGCCACUUUCCGCUGCGAACUGAACAAGCCCAGAGCCGCCGUGGGGUGGAGGAAAGGAGACACAGCCCUGGGGACAGGUGACAAGUUCACCAUGAGAUGCCAGGGCACCAUUGCUGAGCUGGUGAUCCGUGAUUUGGAUCUGGCAGAUGCCGGGGAUUACACGUGCUGCUGUGGAGAUCAGAGAACCACGGCCGCGCUGAGAGUGAACGCCUUGCCUGUGCACUUCAAGAAGGAGAUGACAAACGAGGAAGCCACAGAAGGUGGAACAGCCACUCUGCAGUGUGAACUGUCCAGACCUGCCCCCGUGGAGUGGAAAAAGAAGCACAAGGUGCUCAAACCGAGUGAAAAAUACACUGUGAGGCAGGAAGGCACCACAGCACAGCUGCUGAUCCACGCUCUGGAGGUCAAGGAUGCUGGGGAAUACACCUGUGUGUGUGGAGAGGAGAAGACAACUGCAGCACUGACAGUGCAUGCCCUCCCUGCCCUCUUCAAAGAGGAACUGAGAGAUGAGGAAGCCGAGGAGGGCACAGCGGUGACUCUGCGCUGCGAGCUGACCAAACCCGCCCCGGUGGAGUGGAGAAAGGGACACACGGUGCUCAGACCUAGUGAGAAGUACAAAAUGAGGCAGAAGGAUGUCACUGCAGAGCUGGUGAUCCAGAGCCUGGCUGAGAGUGAUGCUGGUGAUUACACCUGUGUGUGUGGGGACAAGGAGUCCACGGCUGCCUUGGCAGUGCACGUGCUGCCUGCAGGGAUCAGGGAGAGCCUGAGGGACCAGGAGGUGACAGAGGGUCAAGGGGCCACUCUGUGCUGUGAGCUGACCAAGGCUGCCCCAGUGGAGUGGAGAAAGGGCAGCACUCUGCUCAGAGCCAAUGACAAGUACAAGAUGAGGCAGGAGGGCGCAGUCAUGAAGCUGCUUAUCCAUGAUGUGGAGCUGAAAGACGCUGGAGAAUACACGUGUGUGUGUGGAGAGCAGGAGACAACAGCUGCCUUGAUAGUGCAUGCCCUGCCAGCACUUUUCAAAGAAGGCCUGAAGGACCUGCAAGCCCUGGAAAGCCAAACAGCCACUCUGCGCUGUGAGCUGACCAAGGCUGCAGCUGUGGCGUGGAAGAAAGGGAAUAAAAUGCUCAGGGCAAGUGAAAAACACAUCAUGAGGCAGGAGAGUGGCCUUGCUGAGCUGGAAAUCCGUGACCUGGAGCUGCAGGAUGCAGGAGAUUACACCUGUGUGUGUGGAGACCAGCACACCACGGCGUCUCUGGCAGUGAAUGCCUUGCCAGUGCUUUUCAAGGAAGAACUGAAGAGUGAAGAAGUCCAGGAAGGAGCAUCAGUCACUCUGAGUUGUGAAUUAACCAAAGAAGCUCCAGUGAAGUGGAAAAUUGGGCCCAAAGUGCUGAAAGCAAGUGACAAAUAUCAAAUGAGACAGUCUGGCACCACUGCAGAGCUGGUCAUUCAUGACCUAGAAGUAAAAGAUGCUGGAGAUUACACCUGUGUGUGUGGUGACCAGAAGACAACAGCAACCUUAACAGUUCAUGCUCUGCCCCCACUCUUUAAGGAAGAGCUCCAGGACAAGGAAGCAGGAGAAGGUGGAGAAGUCGCCCUGCACUGUGAGCUCACCAAGGCUGCUCCAGUGCAGUGGUGGAAGGACCAGAGGAUGCUCAAAGCGAGCGAGAAAUACAAAAUGAGGCAGGAAGGGACCAAGGCAGAGCUGGUGAUCCAUGAAAUAGCUGAGGAGGAUGCAGGAGACUACACCUGUGUGUGUGGGGAGCACCGGAGCACAGCUGUCCUGACAGUCCAGGCUGUGCCUCCAUUUUUCCAAGAAGAAAUGACCAGCAAGGAAGCAGUAGAAGGUGGAAUGGCCACUUUUCAGUGUGAGCUCAGCAAGGCAUCUGCCCCUGUGCAGUGGAAGAAGGGCCACCACGUCCUCACCUCGGGCAAGAAGCACAGCAUGAGGCAGGAAGGCCGUGUUGUGGAGCUGGUGGUUCAUGACUUGGAUCUGGAUGACAGUGGAGAUUAUACCUGUGUGUGUGGAGACAAGAGCACCACAGCUGCCUUAACAGUGCAUGCACUGCCUCCAGAAUUCAAGAGAGGCCUGAAGGACCUCGAGGCCGUGGAAAACAGCACAGCUGCUCUGCACUGCGAGCUGACUAAACCUGCUGUGGUGGAGUGGAAGAAAGGGCAGGAGGUGCUUAAGGCAAGCAGCAAGUAUAAAAUGAAUCAAGAAGGUGCUGUUGCAAAGCUGAUUAUCCGUGAGCUGGAAGUGGAGGAUGCUGGAGAUUACACCUGUGUGUGUGGAGACCAGCAGACAACUGCCACUCUGACAGUCAACGCCCUACCAGCACUUUUUAAGCAAGAGCUCCAGGACACCGAGGCAGAGGAAGGUGGCACAGCCACACUGAGGUGUGAGCUGACCAAAGCCAAGGCUCCAGUGGAGUGGAGGAAAGGGGAUAUCACCCUCUACCCUGGUUUGAAAUACGAGAUGAAGCAGCAGGGCUGCACCGCUGAACUGGCCAUUUCUGACCUAGAACUGGAUGAUUCAGGAAUAUACACCUGUGACUCUGGACACCAGCAGACAACAGCUGUGGUGACUGUACAUGCACUGCCUGUCACCUUUAAGCAAGCCCUGCAGAAUCAGGAAUCCGAGGAGGGAAGCACAGCCACGUUCUGCUGUGAGCUGUCAAAACCCAAAGCUGCUGUGGAGUGGAGGAAAGGAGGAGUGGGGCUGCAGCCCAGCCAGAAAUAUGAAAUGAGGCAGAGGGAAUGCCUGGUAGAGCUCUUGAUACAUAACCUCAAAUUAGAAGAUACAGGAGAGUACAGCUGUGACACUGGGGAUGAGGAAACCAAGGCAGCUUUAAAUGUGAAAGCUCUGCCAGUUCUUUUCAAAAAGCAGCUCAAAGAUGAGGAGGCAGAAGAAGGAGCUGCGGUGAAAUUCCAGUGUGAGCUGACGAAGGAUAACGCAGCAGUGGAGUGGAGGAAAGGCACCAUGGAACUCUUCCCGUGUGCCAAAUAUGACAUUAAAUUAAGUGGUUGCACGGCUGAACUUGUGAUUCACAGUGUGGAGCCAGAGGAUGCUUCUGAUUACACGUGUGACACGGGAGACCAGCAGAGCACUGCAGUCCUCAGAGUGCAUGCCACCAAACCCCGGCUGAGGCAGCAGCUGAAGAACGAAGAGGUGGAAGUGGGGGGGACAGCCAGGCUGCGCUGCGAGAUCUCCAUCAGCAAGGCAGAGGUGGAGUGGAGGAAGGACGGAGCUGUCCUGCACCCCAGCUCCAAGUACGAGAUGUGGCAGGACGGGACCCUCCGGGAGCUCCGCGUUCACCGCCUGGAGCCUGGAGAUGCCGGGGAAUAUUCCUGCAAGGCUGGAGAUGAGAUGACCUCUGCCAAACUGACAGUGAAAGAGCCCGACGUGACCAUCGUGAGCGGCCUGAAGGACACGGAGGUGUUCGAGGGGGACGACGUCACGUUCCGGUGCCAGGUUUCCCACGAGAACGCCAGGGAUGUGGAAUGGAAGCUGCAGGAUGUCGCCCUGCAAAACAACGAGAUGAACGAGAUCUCGGUGGAAAAAGGGAAGGUUCACACCCUGACCCUGAGGAAGGUGACUGAGCAGGACAUUGGCACCGUCACCUUCCGGGUGGGAUGUCACACGUCCACGGCAGAGCUCACGGUGAAAGUGCCACCUCCAGUAUUUAAGGAGAAACUGCAGAGCCUGGAACUGCAGGAGGAAGACACAGCCGUGCUCAGGUGCCAGGUCUCCCAGCCCAACGCUCAGGUGAAGUGGAAGAAGGGCACUCAGGUGAUCUCCCCGAGCUCCAAGUAUGAAAUCAGGCAGGAAGGAACAGUCCACACCUUAAAGAUUUUUCACUUAAAUGCGGAAGACUCUGGCAAAUACACCUGUGAUAAUGGAAACGAACAAACGACAGCCACUGUAACUGUUAAAGCUUUGCCUGUAACCUUCACGCAACCACUGCAGAACCAACAGGCUGAAGAAGGUGGCACCAUCACUUUGAGCUGUGAGGUGUCGAGAUCAAACACCACAGUGCAGUGGAAGAAGGGCGGGACUGUGCUGAGACCAAGCGACAAAUACAAGAUGCGUCAGGCCGGGCCCGUGGCUGAGCUGACCAUCCACAACCUGAGCGGAGCUGAUGCUGGGGAAUACACCUGUGACACAGGGGACCAGCAAACCACGGCUGUGGUGCACCUGAAAGAACCAGCAGUGACCAUAGUGGAGAUGCUGAAGGACGUGACCUCGUACGAAGGGGAGGACGCGGUGUUCGAGUGCAGGCUGUCCCGGGAAACAACCCAGGAUGCCAAGUGGUUCCUGGGGGAUGUGCCCCUGCAAUCCAACGAGAUGAAUGAGAUCAGAGUCCAGGGGACACGUCACAGUCUGAUCCUGAGGAAGGUGACCCUGGAAGACUGCGGGUCCAUCAGCUUCAAAGUCGGGGAGCACACGUCGGCAGCACAGCUGAAGGUCCAAGCUGCUCCCGUCAUCUUUGUGAAGGCGCUCCAGAACCUGGAGCUGCAGGAGGGUGGCACAGCUCACCUGUCCUGCGAGGCGUCCAAGCCUGACGUCCCCGUGGAGUGGAAGAAAGGCACGUCUGUGAUCCACUCCAGCCAGAAGUGCAGCAUCAAGCAGGAGGGGAAGGUGCACACGCUGGUGAUCCGCGAUCUGAACCGCGCGGACGCGGGCGAGUACAGCUGCCAGACGGCCGACGGGAGGACCGUGGCCAGGCUGGAGGUUAAAGGCCUCCCCGUGCUGUUCAAGCACUGGCUGAAGAACGAGGAGGUGGAGGAAGGUCGCACGGCCCUGUUGUUCUGUGAGCUGACAAAGCCCAACGCGCACGUGGAGUGGAGGAAAGGGGACACUGUUCUGCAGACAGGUGACAAGUACGAGAUCCGGCAGGAGGGGACACGUGUCGAGCUCCUCAUCUACGAUGCUGAGGCUCAGGAUGCUGGGGAGUACACGUGUGACUCGGGGGAUCAGCAGACCACGGCAUCGCUGCAAGUCAAAGUACUGCCAGUGCUGUUUAACAAAGAGCUGAGAAACGUAGAGACUGAAGAAGGGGGAACGGCUGUUUUGCACUGUGAGAUCUCCAGGCCGGACGCCCCCGUUGAGUGGAGGAAAGGAGGGGUGGUCAUUGAGCCCAGUGACAAGUACGAGAUGAAGCUGAAGGGCAGCAUAGCUGAGCUGAUCAUCCAUGGUGUAGAGCCUGAUGACUGUGGGGAUUAUACCUGCAGCACUGGAUACGAGAUCACCACGGGUUCUGUGUACGUGCAAGAAGAAGCAGCAGUGGUAGUUUCUGGUUUAAGGAACACAGACGUCUUUGUGGGCGAGUCAGCCACGUUCACCUGCGAGCUCUCGCACCCGGGCGUGAGGAACGUGCAGUGGUGGCUCGAUGGGACCCCCCUCCACAACAACCUGGUGACUGAAAUCUCUGAGCAGGACGGGAGGAUCCACACCCUGACCCUAAAUGACGUGGCCUGCCACGACUCAGGCACUGUCACCUUCAGGGCUGGGUCCCUUAUAUCUUCAGCUAAAUUAUUAGUCAAAGAUCCCACCAUUGAAGUGGUCAGUCCCAUGCAGGACAUAACUGUUGAUGAAGAUGGCCCAGCAGAGUUCAUAUGCCAAUAUUCUAGGCCAGUGCACGCCAUCUGGAAGAAAAAUGAUCAGGAAAUACAUGCAGAUGGGCAGCGAGUGAUUAUCGAUCAGGACUGGAAUGUGAGCAUGCUAAAAAUUAACCCUACGGUCCCAGAAGACACUGGCAUCUAUUCUUGUGAAGCUGGAGGCACUAAAGUGAUGGCUACACUUGAUGUUCAAGCCAAGAACAGCAUCGUCCAGGGCUUGGAGAACGUGGAAGCCGUGGAAGGAGGGGAAGCCCUGUUCGAGUGUUACCUCUCCAAGCCCGAGACCUACAAUUACAACUGGCUGAUUGACGACGAACCUGCCAAGACCACAGAGAACACCGAGAUGGUUUACUUUGAAAAUGGGCUCAGGCACAUCCUGCUGCUGAAGAACCUCACCCCCCAGGACAGCUGCAGGGUGACUUUCAUGUGCAGCGACGCGGUGACCUCGGCCUUCCUGACGGUGAAAGGAUGGCGCCUGCAGUUCUUGCAGCCUCUCAAGGAUGUGGAAGUCUCUGUGGGGGAGAAAGCCACAUUUAGCUGUGUUCUGAGUGAAGCUGUGCCCAUUAAUGAAGUGGCCUGGUAUAGCAAUGACGUAGAGAUCCAGUUGGGUGAGGACUGGGAGGUACAAGCAGAUGGAAACAAAUACAAACUUAUUCUGAAAAAAGCCCAGCUGCACCAUUCUGGAGAGGUGACCUUUGCUUCCAGGGAAGCAAUUUCAUCAGCCAAGCUUUCUGUGAUAGAGCCUCCAGUUACAGUCACCCAGCCUUUGGUGGGAGGAUCAGUCACGGAAGGGGGGGUGGCUCGCUUGGAGUGCACAUUAUCCAGCAAAACUGAGGAAAAAGUGACGUGGUUCAAAGGAAAAGAACAAAUAAAAGCUGGAGGGAGAUACGAGAUCCUCUCUGACGGGAAAAAGCAGACGCUCAUUAUUCAUGGGUUCAGACCUGAAGACCAGGACACCUACACCUGCAUGGCUUCCCCUGAAGUCAAAUCUGUUGCCAGCCUGAGCCUUGAAGUGCCCACGGUGAUGAUGCUAAAGGAGAUUGCCAGGGAAGCACCCCCUGCAAGCCAGCCAGGGGAGCUGGUGGAUGGCCAAGUCCAGCCCAGCUUGCCCCCCGAGGCUGCUCAGGAGGGAGAUCUUCACCUCCUGUGGGAAGCCCUGGCCAAGAAGCGCCGGAUGAGCCGGGAGCCCACCUUGGAUUCCAUCAGCGAGGUGCCUGAAGAGGACCUCGAGAGGCUGCAGAAGCUGAGGAAGGAGGAAGCAGAGAUGUCCCACUACUACUCAGAGGAGUAUUCCACGUGUGACGAGCUGGCCAGGACGGGAGAAGCCGAUUUCUCUUUCACCAGCUCAGAUGAUGAGUCCAGAGCUGGGACACCCUCACUGGUGAACUACCUGAAAAAGAAAGCUGGGAAGACGAGUAUCAGUGUUACCAGCAAGGUUCAGUCCACCUCCACAGGCAAAUUAUGGAAGCAGUGGGAGAAAUCCAGUGUGGAGACUGCUGUGACCACCACAGCUGCCAAACCAGCUGAACCAGAGCUGCCAGACUUAGAUGACCCUUCCAUGAACAAGGCUGCCGUGAAGAUCCAAGCCGCUUUCAAAGGCUACAAAGUCAGGAAGGAGAUCAAGCAGCAAGAGUGCCCCGUGUUUGCCGAGACCUUCAAAGACUUCUCUGGCGAGCCUGGAAGCACUCUGCACCUGGAGUGUGUGGCCCACAGCAAAUCUGACAUGAAGGUCCGGUGGCUGAAAGACGGGCAGGAGCUUUCGGACGGCCGCUACUACCACAUAGACAACUACAGCGACGGGACCUGCUCGCUGAUCAUCGCCGGCCUGGACAGGAAGGACGCGGGAAAAUACACCUGCGAGGCAUCCAACAAAUUCGGCAAGGUUUCCCACAGCGCCAACGUGGUGGUUGGCGCUCAGGAGGCUCAGGUGCUUCCUAAGAAGCAGGCGAAGCAGAGCACGGACAGUGAGACGGAGAGCUCGUCCGGCAGCGAGCUGGACGACGCUUUCCGUAAGGCAGGGAGGAGACUCCACAGGCUCUUCAGGGCCAAGAUCUCCACGGAGAUCUCUGACGUGGAGGAGGAGCUCUUUGUCAGCGCGGACGAGGGGGACAUCGACGUGGUGGACCACCAGACGUACCGGGAGGACGACCAGUACAUCUACAUCAAGUUCGAAGUCUUGUCCGAGGCCAAAACGGCCGCCACUCGGUUCAGGGAGAUGUUUGGGGCCCUGGGGAUCCCCGUGGAGAUCGAUAUUUUGGAGCAAGGCCCUAAAAAGGUUGAACUGCGCAUUGGGAAGGCCUCACCACCCACCUUCGGGAAGUUUGCACCACCCAUUGCGAGACCUCCGCCGCCUUUGCUGACUUCUGACACAGCUCCCAUGUUCAUGACUGAGCUCCAGAACCAGGAGGUCCAGGAUGGGUACCCGGUGAGCUUUGACUGCAUCGUCAUCGGCAAACCGCUGCCCACGGUCCGCUGGUUCAAGGAUGGGAAAGCUAUCGAGGAGAACGACCACUACAUGAUCAAUGAGGACCAGGAGGGGUGUCACCAGCUCAUCAUCACCGCCGUGGUCCCCACUGACAUGGGCGUUUACCGUUGCCUGGCUGAGAACAACAUGGGAGUGGCUUCAACCAAGGCUGAGCUUCGGGUGGACUUGACCAGCACUGACUAUGAGACAGCAGCAGAUGCAACAGAGACAUCCUCUUACUACAGUGCCAAAGAAUAUAUUUCAAGCCGAGAGCAGGAGGAAUCCACCACCGAGGAGGAGCAACUGCCCCAGAUCUUUGAUGAGCUUCAUGACAUUCAUGUGGCACCUGGAGCAUCACUGGCUAAAUUUCACCUGAAGGUCAAAGGGUACCCACAGCCUCGUCUCUACUGGUUCAAGAAUGGGCAGCCCCUGAAGGCCUCUGAUCGCAUCCUGAAGACUGACAGGCAGGAAUUCCACUCACUGGAAAUUCGGGAUGUCACCAAGGCAGAUGCUGGGCAGUACCUGACCUUCGUCAUCAACUCUGCUGGCUCUGCCUAUUCCUCAGCCAGGCUGGUGGUCAAAGAUCCUUAUGAGAAAGAGGAGCCAUCUAAAACAGAUUCCCAUGAGCAGCUGAUACCACCGAGGUUCCUUGAAAGAUUUACUAAUAAAAAGGUGAAAAAAGGUGCAAGCAUCACAUUAUCUGUGAAAGUGGAAGGACAUCCACCCCCAAGUAUUACUUGGAUGAAAGAGGAGUCCCGGAAAGACAUCCUGUGGAUCAAACCAGACACCCCUGGGUAUAAACUUGCCAGUUCCAACAUGCACCACAGCCUGAUCCUGCUGGAUGUGAAGAAGAAGUACAGUGGAGCUUACACGUGCAUUGCCACCAACAAGGCUGGCCAGUCCAUCUGCACGGCCAACCUGGAGGUUGCAGAUGUGAAAGAGGCUGAAGUUCUGACCCAGGAGCGGGUGAUGGUGUCCGAAGCCAUCAUGACCACACUGGGAGCUAUUCAUCCCUCUGAAGCAAGAGAAGGAGACCUUGAAGGAAAGGAAGGUGUUCCCAAAAGCCCUAUUUCAUUAGCUGAUGUUGGCUCAGAAGAGUUCUUCCAGAAACUCACCUCACGGAUCUCGGAAAUGGUGUCUGCAAAAAUAACUCAGGAUUUAUCCUUAUAUAUCACACUUUGCUUUCCUUCUGAGUCUGAAGAUGGGGAUUCCAGAGGAGAGAUCUUUGAUGUCUACAUGGUCACUGCUGACUAUGUCCCUGCUGCACCUGACAGGGAAACCAUCACCCUGAAGGAAGGACAAUACGUGGAAGUCCUUGAUUCAGCUCAUCCUCUCAAGUGGCUGGUCAGGACUAAACCCACGAAAUCGAGUCCCUCUCGGCAGGGUUGGGUGUCUCCAGCUUAUCUGGACAAGAAAUUAAAGUUGUCACCAGAGUGGGGGACAACAGAAAUCCCCGAGUUCCCUGGAGAGUUUGUUUCUGAAGAUGAAUAUAAAAGGAAGCUGAGUGUUCUCAUCCAGGAGCUGCUGAUCUCAGAGGAGGAUUACAUUCAAGACCUGCAGUUCCUCCUGACUCAUCACCUCAAGUACACAGAGACCUGUCCCAACGUCCCAGGAGCUGUAGCCAGUCAGAAAUCCACCAUCUUCAGGAAUAUUGAUGACAUUGGUCACUUCCAUUCCAGUGUCUUCCUCCGGAGCCUGCAGGGCUGUGACACUGAUGAUGACGUGGCCAUGUGCUUUAUCAAGCACGAGGCAGAGUUUAACAGGUACAUCCAGUACCUGGUGGGAAGGGUACAGGCUGAGUCUGUUGUUGUCAGCAAAGCUGUCCAGGACUUCUACAAGAGAUACACAGAUGAAUUUGAAACUAAUGAAGAUCCUUCACAGCCACUUAUCCCACCACUGCAGCACUACCUGGAAAAACCCAUAAACAGGAUCCAGCAGUAUCAGACAAUAAUUAAGGAAUUAAUCCGAAACAAAGCAAGAAACAGCCAAAACUGCACCUUGCUGGAACAGGCUUAUGCUGUGGUGUCUGCACUGACCCGGAGGGCAGAGAACAACCUCCAUGUCUCCCUGAUUGAGAAUUAUCCAGGGACCCUGGAGAGCCUUGGUGAACCCAUCCGGCAGGGCCACUUCAUUGUGUGGGAAGGAGCUCCAGGAGCUAGAAUGGCAUGGAAAGGACACAAAAGACACGUUUUCCUCUUCAAAAAUUACCUUGUGAUCUGCAAACCAAAGCGAGACACAAAGACAGACACCUACAGUUACAUCUUCAAGAACAUCAUGAAGCUGAACAACAUAGAUGUGAACGACCUGGUGGAAGGGGACGACCGGGCGUUUGAGAUCUGGCACGAGCGGGAGGACCUGGUCCGCAAGUACCUGCUCCAGGCACGGACCGUGAACAUCAAGAACUCCUGGGUGAAGGAGAUCUGUGGAAUACAGCAGCGGAUCAGCGAGCCCAUCUGGAUACCUCCAGACUUCGAGGAAGAACUGGCGGAUUGCACGGCUGAGCUGGGAGAGACAGUCAAGCUGGCCUGCAAAGUGGUGGGAGCUCCCAAACCAUCCAUCAGCUGGUACAAAGAUGGAAAGCCAGUGGAGGUGGAUCCCCAUCACAUUAUAAUAGAAGAUCCCGACGGUUCCUGCACGUUGAUCUUGGACAACCUGACAGGUGCUGACACAGGACAGUACAUGUGCUUUGCUUCCAGUCCUGCUGGAAAUGCCAGUACCUUGGGAAAGAUCCUUGUUCAAGUGCCACCAAGGUUUGUGAACAAGGUCAGAAAUGCUUAUUUUGUGGAGGGUGAAGAUGCCCAGUUCACCUGUACUGUGGAAGGAGCACCAAGGCCUCAAAUCAGAUGGUACAAAGAUGGGGUGCUGAUAAAGGACACAAGUAAAUACCAGGCUUUCAGUGAACCACGGAGUGGCAUCGUGGUCCUGGUGGUCAAGAACCCUUCCAAUGAAGACAUGGGACACUAUGAAUGUGAGCUGAUGAACAGAUUAGGGUCUGCAAAAAGUGGAGCAGAGCUUUACCACCACAGUGCUGCAGCCCUGACCCAGGAGAGGAGAGGAGACCAAGCCAUCACCAUCGAAGGAAUGACUCCCCCACAGCCAAGGAUGGAGACUUCUGUCCAGGCCUCGCUCCAACGCGCCGAUAAGGAGAUCAAGACAGCCCUGAGGACGCUCAUGGACUCGGCGUCAAUGCUGGUGACUCUUCCCCUGGGCAUGAGAGGAGAAGAAACAUCAGCUGGGCCCCCUGUGCUGGUUCAUGAAGCCAGCACCCAAACCCAGGCUCCUGGAGGCCAUGACAAAGCACAGAGGCAGGUUUCAGCUGAAGAACCAAGUGUGCCAAAGCCCAGCCCUGGUCCUUCCCAGGAAGACGCAGCUGCUGGAGACGGAAGCGCUCGGGAACGCACCGUUCCCAUCGACAGAACCUCACCAGAGGCAGGGGCAGGAGGCUGGUACAGGAGAGAAGGAGACGUGGUCUGGGAUGUGCACAGUGAAGUUUAUAUUGAGACCACGGAAAGAACUCGUGUGUAUAAGACUGAGGAGAAGACCCCAGCAAGUCCUCCCUACAUGCAAGUGACAAUAGAGGAUGUGCAGGUGAACUCUGGGGAACGUGCCAAAUUUCAGGCAGUCAUCGAGGGAACCCCUCCACCCACCGUGCUGUGGUUUAAGGGCACUUCAUUGCUGACAGACAGUGACAGAGUCCACCAGGGGAAGGAAGGGACAACGUAUUUCUUAGCGGUGGACGAUGCUGCCGUGGAAGAUGGUGGUGUUUAUACCUGUGUUGCCAAAAAUGCAGGAGGGGAGGUUUUGUGCAAAGCAGAGCUCGUUGUACGUGAAGCUAAGAAAGACCAAGAAGGAAAGAAAGUGGCCACCAGGAGAAAGCUCCACGCCCAUUAUGAAGUGAAGCAGGAAAUUGGAAGGGGCUGCUUCAGCUUCGUGAAACGGGUUGUGCACAAAGGGAACAGAGUGUCCUGUGCUGCCAAGUUCAUCCCUCUGCGAAGCAAAACCAAGUCUCGAGCCCACCAGGAGAGGGACAUUCUCGCCUCUCUGUCCCACGACAGAAUUACCCGGCUCCUGGAUGAGUUUGAAACAAGGAAAACACUGAUUUUGGUUCUGGAGUUAUGCUCCAGCGAAGAGCUCCUGGACCGUUUGUUCAAGAAGAGUGUGGUCACCGAAGCUGAGGUCAAACUGUAUAUCAGGCAACUUUUGGAAGGACUCAAAUAUCUUCACGACAACAACAUCCUUCACUUGGACAUCAAGCCACUGAAUAUCCUCAUGGUUUACCCCGAGAGGGAAGACCUGAAGAUCUGUGACUUUGGGUUUGCUCAGAAGAUCACCCCCUUUGAGCCUCAGUACAGCAAAUACGGCUCUCCGGAGUUUGUUGCCCCAGAAAUUGUUUCUCUGUCACCGGUGUCAAAAGCAACUGAUAUCUGGGCUGUUGGAGUCAUCACGUAUUUAAGCCUCACGUGCAAGUCUCCGUUUGCUGGGGAGAACGACAGGAAAACCCUCCUGAACAUCCAGAGCGGGGAAAUUUCAUGGACCAUUCCUGACGUCGUUCACUUGAGUGAAGAUGCAAAGGACUUCAUGAAAGGGAUCCUGCAGCAGAACCCCAAAGCCAGGCCUAGUGCUUUGGACUGUCUGUCCCACAAGUGGUUCAUGCACAAUGUCCCCCUCGAAGCAGCUCAUUUCAUUAAUACCAAGCAGCUCAAAUUCAUCGUGGCUCGGAGCAAGUGGCAGCGGUCUCUGAUGUGCUACAAAUCCAUCCUGGUAAUGAGGUCUAUCCCAGAAAUCCUGGAAAGGACCCACGACAACACCUCCCUGGCCAUCUCCCGACACCUCAUCGAGGAAAGCACUUCAUCCAGUACCAGUGGCUCCUCUUCAGACAACGAGAACUCGAAUUUCCCCAAGAAGAGGCAUUUUGGUUCCACCCCCGAGCUGCACUUGCCCGUAUUUGAAGCACCAAGUUAUCAGGAGCCUCCAAAACGUUCAAGUGAGCAGAAGCACUCCAAGGCACCAGUCCCUCCAGUAAAACCCAUGAGGAGGAAAUAUGCUUCCAUGAAGGCUGAGGUGGGGGACAAAUCACCCACAGAAAGCAAAAUGCUCAUGGCGAGUGUCUUCCAGGAGAAGGAAGAGAGGCUCCAUCCCAGUGUUCGAGAUGAAAGAGCGGAGCAACCCCAAAGGAGUGGUGCUGCUGAGCCUUCAUCUGUGGGGGCUUCCAUGGAAAGCACAUCACAUCCAGGUCAGAAAGGAAAACCAGACAUGUCUUUAGCUGAUAAGGAGAGGAUUGAAAAGGCUGGGGAUGGCACAGAAAAGCCAUCUGCCUUUGUGCCCAGGCAGAGUGUCAUCAAAAGCACUUUCUACAGCCAAGCAACAGAGCUCCCUGCAAGGCUGCCUUCCUCGCCAGGCAGGGAGUUCAGGAGGCACCUGGACAGAGCCAGGAGGACUUUCCGGAAAGGUGGAUAUUCGAAGGUGCCCCUCAGUGGUCUCCGUGAGCCCCUCCUGGAACAGUUUGAACUGGAAGAGGAAGAGGAAGGAGAUGAUCGCAGGGAAAGCCUGCUGGGAUCCUUGACCAAAUCAGCGUCGUUUGACACUGCCAGGAAACCACCACAUCCUGCCAUUGCUGGUACCAGCAGGAGCCGUUCCCUGGACGACUACAGGCUGAGAGCCUCGAGGUCACUGAGGGAACAAGACAUUUUGGAAGAAGACUGUGAUGUCUUGUCCCAGGAGAGCUGCCCUGAAGGCAGUGACCACUGUGACAUUUCUGCAGGGCCUGGCAAGGGAUGUUCUGUAGACACAUCAAAGCAGGAGGAAGUCAGGAGAGCCAGCAAGGAUUGUCCAGGAGAGAAGCCCCCUCCUUCCACACAUUGUGAGGGUAAUGAGUGCCCAGCUGCUUUUAUGCAACAGGCUGAGGGACUUCCAGUGUCACCUCACAGGAGUGAAAAUAGGAAACCUUUACUGAAGAAGUCAAAAGCUACUGAGAUUGAGGAGGAUGUUGAAGAGUUGGAAGGCAAAAGCCCCGUUCUGACUGCCCAGUGCUCAGACAUAACUGCAUCAGCAGCCCAAAAACAUGAGAGCAUGGAGGGUAAAUCUUCCUCUGACACUGCUUUUCAGGAGAGCAAAGAGUCCAUUCCAACCUUGACACAGUCAGAGGCCACCUCUGAGUCAUCUCCCACAAGUAAGGGAGGUGUGUGUCUGCCCCAGGAGUCUGCUCACAGCGCUGACAUCCACCAGGAUCAAAAAGGUGGAAUGUUGCUGAUCAAAAGGACAGCCCCAGUUCCACCUUGGAAGGACAAAAGGCAGAAACACUCAGGUGAAAAGACCUCUGCUCACGGUGUUGCCGAGUCUGAACUCAUGGAGCAUGAAAGCUCUGCUGUUCCAGCAGAACAGACAGAGACCGAUUCACUUCCAGUACGCAAAGACAAAAGUCGGGAACUUCCUGGGAAAAGUGUUCCAGCAGCUCCUGUCUCUCUGGGCAAGCGGCCAGGUGCCCUCACAGCUGGUGAAGGGGCUCCUCAGAAGGUGAAGACCCACGAAGAGGUGAGUUCUGCUGUCCUGGAGGAGGAAGGGCUGGGUGUGACAGGAGUCACUCCACUAUCAGCCCAUGCUGGUGAAAGCCAGGCUCACAGUAAGGCUCCUGCUCAUGGAUUCACAGCAUCAGCCAGCCUGAAAGGAGAGCACCUUGCUGUUCCCAAAGUCCCACCACCACAAUCAGUGCCGACUCCGGUCUCCGGUGGAGCACAGGCUGAAAGGGAAGGGCCAGCUCACAGCAAGGAGAGGUUUGUUGCUCUGAGGAGCGAAAGCUCUGCGGUCACAGAGGUUGUUCCCAGCUUGGUCCAUGAAGGAGCCAAACCCCAGAAGGUUUCUGAAGGCCAUGCUGUUCCAGGGAGCAGACACACAGCAGGAACAGUGUCCUCCCAAAGCACUGUUCUCCCUUCGGUCUGUGAGAGGGAAAAACAGGAACAUCCAUCCCUUCACAGCGAGGUGAGAUCUGCUGUGACAGCAGGUGGAAGCCCAGCAACUGCACAGACCACGUCUGCUCCUUUCCCCAAGGCUGGACAUCGGGAGUUGGAGCAGCAGAGGGCUGCCGGUCCCAGUGCUGGGAUUUCUGAUGGUCUGGGGGGUGCCUUAACUGCUGCACAACCAGAAGGUGCUCUAGCUUCAGCCUAUGAAGUAGAAUAUGAGGAACAUCCAAAGGUCCAUGGUGAGGGUGGAGGCGUUGCCUUAGAAAGUGGAAGAUCUGACGCUGGAAAAGCUGUCCCACCGUCGCUCCGCAGGGAUCGCCGUCAGGAGCGAUCACAUCACAGGUCUUCCUUUUACAGUGAUGAGGAGUCUGCUGUGCUGGAGGGCUUAGUGGACGAGAUGGUUUCCCUCUCUGAAGAGAUGAAUGUUUGGGCAGAGUCAGUUUCUGGAGAGAAGGAGAGCAGAAAGCACAUGGACACCUCCUCCCCUUCUGUAAAACAGAGGGAAGAUGAGCAGGAUGGCCUUGAAGAACCCUACCUUGCUGUGAGUGAGGAGUCAGAGGUACUGGAAGGGCAGGGAGCACAGACAGUUCCUCACGAACGUGAACACCUGGAGGACUUGGCGUUUGAGAGCCCCACUUCCAGCCGAGCCAGCGUUUCCUCAACAGAGAGCUUGGACACUGGGAAAAGACCCAGCCGAGUGUCAGUGAUCAAGGACACCGGGAAACACCCAGAAGUGUCUUUGGUGAAAAUCAAAGACCUGUCAGAUGAAACCCCCAGUACUGGCAGCGGCCCUCAAAAAUUUGACAUCUCAGAGGUGGAACCUGCCUACUUGAACUUCUCUGACUUGUAUGACAUUGUCUAUUUUCCGUUUGAAUUUCUGAGCUACAAGAAGCCUUCGCCCAAGCCAGUUCGUAGACGGUUUAUUCCUCUCGGUGAAAGGGCAAGGUCUCCUCCUGCAGGGCAUCUGCAUAAGGAUAAAAGGCUGUGCAUCAGGGAGCAGGCAGAGGACAAGAACAGGAAGAACCAUUUGGAAAUAUCUGAGGAUUCAAAGGCAACUCACUUAGUGGCCAUGGGGAAAGGGCCAGAGAGCCAUAAAGAAAUGUACGGCUCCCAAAAGGACUCCGGUGGGAAGCAGAAAAGCUCCUUCCACACCAAGCCAGGACUCUUUAAGCCAUAUGCAAGGUCUCAUUCAGUGGAGCUGUCAGUGGAGCAGAGUCUGAAGAAGAAAGUAAAAGCUUCUGUUGCCCAUAUUUCAAGAAUCCUAAAAGGAAAGACAUCUCCUGAGCCAGAGGCAGAGGAAGAGUUUGGUGAGCUGGGAAGUGAGGCAGCAGAGAAAGAGCUGUUAACAGGGGCUGAAGGAUCUCUGAAGAGGAAAUCAGCACUCUCCUCAUUCAAGUUGCCAAGCCUCAUGCCAAAGGAGAAAGCCCCCUCCUUCACUGAGGAGCUCAUGGACCAGGCUGCUGCCGUGGGACAGUGCGUGACGCUGUCGUGCCGGACGGCAGCUCACUCCUCCCUGCACAUCAACUGGUUCAGAGAUGGGAUCCCUAUCCAGAGCAGCAGCCGGAUCCUCAUCUCAUCCACCCUCAAACACUUCCAGCUCUUAACUAUUCUCUCUGUUAAUCCUGAGGAUUUUGGUAUUUACACCUGUGUGGCCACAAACUCCCUGGGCUCGGCAUCCACCUCUUGUGUCAUAAGAAAAGCAGAGGUUCCUCCCAGCCCUCCACCCCCUGACAUGGUGGAAGUCUACAAGGAUGGAGUGCAGGUGGUCUGGAAACCUGUGGAGACCAACACCCCUGUCCAUUACACCAUCCAAUGCAAGAGUCAAGAUGGGGAGUGGACAACUCUGGCUUCUGACCUCGCUGACUGCUGCUACUAUGCCAAAAAUCUGCCCAAGGGGUUUAUCUACCACUUCAGGAUUGCCUGCACCAGCAAAGCAGGAAUGGGCCCCUACAGCGACCCAUCUGCCAGCGUGAAAAUCACCGGGAAGGAUCCAAUGGAGCUUCGUGCUGCAACACAGGAAAUCCCAGCACCUGCCACUGAGGAAGAGAGUGAAGUAAUCACACCAUCUGAGCCCUUCCCAACCUACCAGACCUACGCCUUCCAAACAGAGAUCAAAAGGGGGCGAUUCAGCAUCGUCCGACAGUGCAGGGAGAAAGUGAGUGGCAAGACUUUGGCUGCAAAAAUCAUCCCUUACUGGCAAGAGGACAAGCAGACUGUGCUCCUGGAGUACCAGGUCCUGAGGAAGCUCCACCACACAAACAUAGCCCAGCUGAAGGGAGCCUAUGUCAGCCCACGGCACUUGGUGUUGAUCCAGGAGGUGUGUGUGGGACCAGAGCUGCUCCACUCCUUGGCACUACGGACAUCGUACUCCGAAGUGGAGGUCCGGGACUACCUGUGGCAGAUCCUCAGUGCCACUGAGUACCUCCAUGCCCACAACAUCCUGCACCUGGAUCUCAGGUCUGAGAACAUGAUCAUCACCGAGCCCAACCUGCUGAAAAUCCUGGAUUUUGGGAACGCACAGUUCUACACACAAGACAAAGUCAUUACCAUGGACAAGUGCAUGGACUAUGUCGAAACCAUGGCUCCAGAACUGCUGACAGAGCAAGGAGCCCUCCCACAGACUGAUAUUUGGUCCAUCGGAAUCACAGCCUUCAUCAUGUUGAGUGCCAACUACCCCGUCAGCUCCGACGUCCCCUGUGAGUUCCUGAGAACCACCAGGAAGGGCAAAGUGAAGCUCACGCGGUGCUACGCGGGUCUGUCCGGGGGGGCUGUGUCCUUCCUCCAGAGCACUCUGUGUGCAAACCCCUGGGGAAGGCCGUCAGCCUCCGAGUGCCUUCAGAGCCCGUGGCUCCAGGAGACAGGUUUGGACAGCAGGCAGCAAGCACUGGUUACCUUCCCCACCACCAAACUGAGGAAUUUCCUCAUGGAAAGGGAAAAGAAGAGGGGCCUGCUGUGCUCCAAGUACGGCCUCAUGAUAGCACAGUGACGUGGAUGGGACAGGCAGGAACUGCCUCUCUGUCCCUUCUGCACUCAGUGUUUGGUAUCAAACCGUCCUGCCAAGCUGGUGUCCAUCAGCUGAGCUGGGGUCACUGCUCCCUGUGUUUGUGCUGGUGUGUCCUGCCUGCCACAGGCUGUUCCUGCGUAUUCUGUGACUUGUUGGGUAACUGGGCCAGCAGACAGUGAAGGCAGCAAAUGCACCAGUGACCACGGCCUUGUAACAGGCACGUGUUGUCCUUUGGCACUUUGAAGCCAGGCUGCUCUUCCCUGGGGAGUGCACAGGCCCUUCUACCCAGAGAUGUGCCAAAGGCUCCAUGUUUUAAUUCUUUAAAAAAAUCCUGACAUUUCACGUUGUUUCUCCUUCCAACCCUGCUUUCCUCUGCAAUGGGUGGUGUUGGCUGUGUCGUGGCUUUGUACUCAUAACCUCAGUGCUCCUCCGAGUUUCUCUGCAGUGAUUGAUGUAUCUGUGGGUGCCACUGACUUCCUUUGAUUUUCCACACAAGCAGCAUCAAGUGGAGGCUUUCUCAGAGCUGUAUCUGUCUGUGUUUAGAGGAAGGAACACAGAAAACAGUUCCUGAUGCAUUGCAGUUUCAUACUGGAGUUGAGGCUGUUUAACCAGGGAUGGCCUUUCCCAACAUGUUUAACCCCUGUUGUUCCAAACCUGAAGGAUGCAGGUUGUGACUCCUUCCCUUGCUCAGUGUGCAGAGCAGGAGCUGUGACCUGGAACGUUUUCCCUGUGCUGUCGAGAGCAGGCACCGACUCAGCAGAUUGUAAAACUUUGAAUGUUGAAGGAAUAUUGUCUUCAUUAAGCUCUACAGGAGAGAAAACCAGGGGUUUAGGGACAGGCUCCACACUCAGCUCUCUCAGGGGAUAGAAGAGUUACACGAGACAGACACUGCAAUGAGAGCUGCCCCCCAGUAAACUUUUCAAAUUUAUUCCUGGAUUCCUUCCAAUUUAACUUCUCUUACAAAUCCAGUCAGGUUUUUGUUGGCACAGGCUGGUUUUUUACUCUUGCUGUUGCACUUUGGGAUGGAAAGCUCAGUGCCAGGGGAGAAGCCACCCAAGCAUAAAAUUUAAUUGCAGAUUAACUCACUUGGAGCUUUCACACUCUUCCAUAUAUGACUUUUUUUUUUUGCUUCUCACAACU